UGGUAUUAAACAGCAAACAGCUCUGUUCACCGAUCCGUAGGACCGUGUUUGUUAUUCAGAUAUUCUUGAAGUCAUUUUGGGAUUUUGAAGUAGCUGGCAAAAACAUUCCAAUGCUUUUGCAUCAAUUCGCACUCUUCACGCCAUUCUUCUACGUGAUUUUUGGCGAAAUUUUACCUUCUCGAUCAGGGAAAAUGAGGCUGAAAUUAAAGACGCUGACUGUAUUAUGUGUGUGCGUGGGCUUAAUAGCACUUUGUGGCUAUGUCUACCGGGGAAUUAGCGGGGAAGAAGAUUAUGAUGGUCGGCUAGCUGCUCAAGGUGCUUUCGAUGACUCGAUACUACACGUGAAAGUACCGGGCCAGGUACGGCGGAAACAAGGUCCAAAGAGGGAGCGAUUGCAAAAUAUUCUUGAAGAAGAAAUUGUGGGUAAUCUCAUGAAACAGGUAGGAAAAGAAUAUAAACAUGUUGUGGAGGAAAAGGUGCACAGAGUUAACCCGCCAGCAAGAAAGGCGAGAAAGGAUUUCCCCGAUCCAAUCAGCUUGAAGCCGCAGCUACCUAAGCCAGCUGACGCAGGAAGGCAAAACCUCCCCAAUGAAGCCCCCCUGAAGCCUCCAGUGGAUGCCCCUCGACCACAAGCACCACAGCGCCCCGCCCAGCCCCCCGCCCAACACGCCGCCCAGCCCCCUGCCCAGCCCCCUGGUAAUAAUAAGCCCCGCCCACAAGCCAUCAAUCAGCCAGCUCCCCAACCCCCUCAGCUCGACACACAGGACAUUAAUCAAGCACGACUUGAUGCAGCAAAACAAAAACAGUUGGAAGAGAGAAUUAAACUGGAGCAAUCCCAGCAUGCAGCUCAACAUAAACAGGAAGUUAACAUGGCAGGUGAUUCUGGGAAGCCGCCAGGAUCAGACUCUGUGAUUAAUCUAUCGGUGGUAUGCUGCGGAGAUAGAACCAACGAGACGCUCGUCAUGUUGAAAACUGCGACCAUCCUCACUCAACAAUUGAUGCAUUUUCACAUCUUUGCUGAAGACGAAUUACAGGCUGGUAUAGCUCAAGGGCUGAACGCGUGGCCCUCCGUUUACCGGCGUAAAUUUGCUUUCAGUCUUCACCCGAUAUCGUUCCCGCCCGGAGAAGAUCCAGCGAAAUGGAAGAAAGUCUUUAAGACGUGCGCUACCCAACGGCUCUUCCUCCCUGAUCUCCUACCGAAUGUAGAUUCCCUGCUGUAUGUCGACACGGAUAUCUUGUUCAUCCGCCCAGUAGAGGAGAUUUAUAGUUUCUUCAAGCAAUUCAAUUCCACUCAGAUGGCGGCCCUGGCCCCUGAGCACGAGGCGAAGAACAUUGGAUGGUACAACCGUUUUGCGCGGCACCCUUACUACGGGGAGACGGGAAUGAACUCUGGCGUGAUGCUGAUGAACCUGACUCGGAUGAGGCGCUUUGGAUGGACGCAGACGAUUGUUCCUCUGUAUCAUGAAUACAAGCUCAAGAUCACUUGGGGAGAUCAGGAUCUCAUCAAUAUACUAUUCCAUGACUAUCCACAGGGACUUUUCCCCUAUGCGUGUGAGUGGAACUAUCGGCCCGACCAUUGCAUGUACUCCAACAACUGCCAUAGGACGAAUGAGCAUGGGAUAGCGGUCAUACACGGGAACAGAGGGGUUUAUCACAACAUGAAGCAGCCGGCCUUCAGAGCUAUCUAUGAGUCUUUUAGAGACUAUACUUUUGGAGCAGACCUUGAGAAGGGUUUGAUCGAGCCACUUAAGCAUCACCUAAGCGCACAUAACAUAGAGAAGAACUAUUGUGCCAAAGCAGUCUUUGAACCAGUCACUUCAACACUAAGGAAAUAUGCAGACCAGGUUAUUCCCAUCAAAGAUCCUGUAUGAUGAAGCCUACAUUGGCAGGAAGAUGUGUGACUCCAGGGAUGAAAAUGGAGUCUUUAUAACAGUCACUUCUAAAGUAAAGAGACAAUCUGAUCAAGUUAUUUCCACUAAAACUCCUGUACGAUAAAGCCUACAUGUGCAGAAAGAUGUUACUCCAGUAAUGUAAAGGUAGUCUUUAUAACAGUCACCUCUAGGCAAUGAGACAAUC